GGGAAAGAGAGGCUGGACGUCUGCUCAGGAUUUCUACUGCUAUCUCACAGCUGAGGGAUCACUGACGUCUGUGAGCUGCAGGGGGCAGCAGCUCACCAGCAGAACCAGGGCAGACCCGCGUUCACAGGAGCAGGAAACCAGAGGAGGGUUGGGCUUCAAACCUGCUGAGCAGGAAGAGAAACUCUUCAAACACUGGCUGUUGUUUAGAGGAGGAAAUGGCUCAGGGAGGAGCUCAGCUGGAUCCACGAAAGUUCUCUUGUUCCAUCUGUCUGGAUCUCAUGGAGGAUCCAGUGACGGUUCCCUGUGGACACAGCUACUGCAGCAACUGUAUUCAAAGACACUGGGAUGAAGAGCAAAACAAGGGACUCUACAGCUGUCCUCUGUGUGGGGACAAGUCCUGGAGGAGGCCUGACUUGAAGAAAAACAUCGUGUUAGCAGAGUUGGUGGAGGAUCUGAAGAAGUCUGGACUCCAAGCUGCUGCAGCUGAUCUCUGCUUUGCUGGAUCUGAAGAUGUGGCCUGUGAUGUUUGCUCUGGGAGGAAGCUGAAAGCCGUCAAGUCCUGUCUGGUCUGUGUGGCCUCUUACUGUGAGGAACACCUCCAACGCCAUAAUGAAGUAGUUCCAAUGAAGAAACACCAGCUGGUGGAGCCCUCCAAGAAUCUCCAGGAGACAGUCUGCUCUCUUCACGAUGAGGUGAAGAAUAUUUUCUGUCGCACUGAUCAGCAGUGUAUCUGUUACCUCUGCGCCAUGGACCAACACAGAGGCCAUGAAACAGUCCCAGCUGCAGCAGAAAGGAGGCAGAAGCAGAAGGAGCUGGAGGGGAGUCGACUAAACAUCCAGCAGAGAAUCCAGGAGCGAGAGGAAGACGUGAAGCUGCUUCAGCAGCAGAUGUUUGCCAUCAAUGUCUCUGCUGAUGAAGCAGUGGAGCACAGCGAGGAGAGCUUCACCCAGAUGAUCCGUCUCCUCCAGAACAGAAGCCUUGAGGUGAAGCGGCAGCUCAGAUCCCAGCAGCAAACUGCAGUGAGUGGACUCAAAGAGCUUGAGGAGAAGCUGCAGCAGGAGAUCGCUGAGCUGAAGAGGAAAGACGUCCAACUGGAGCAGCUGGCACACACAGAGGACCACACCCAGUUUCUCCACAGCUACACCUCAGUGUCAGCACUCAGUGAGCCCACACACUCCUCCAGCAUCCAGACUGCUCCUCUCAGACACUUUGAGGAUGUGGCAGCAGCUGUGUCAGAGAGCAGAGACAAACUACAGAACAUCCUGAGAGAGACUGAAGAGGAGCUGCUACUGCUACAACCACAGCCAGAGAGCAGAGCAGACUUCUUACAAUAUUCACAGCAGAUUACUCUGGAUCCAAACUCUGUCAACUUAAAGCUGAAAUUAUCUGAUGGAGACAGAAAAGUAACUUAUACAAAGGAAGUUCAGCCUUAUUCUGAUCAUCCAGACAGAUUCACUGGAUAUUCUCAGGUUGUGAGCAGAGAGAGUCUUACUGAACAUAGUUACUGGGAGGUGGAGAGGAGAGGAGGAGCUACUGUAGCAGUCACAUACAAGAACAUCAGCAGGGUAGGGAUUGGAAAUGAAUGUGGAUUUGGACGUAAUGACAAAUCUUGGGCUUUACUCUGUGGCUUUAACAGUUUUAAUUUUUAUCACAACAACAUCCAAACUCCCAUCUCAGGUCCUCAGUCCUCCAGAGUGGGAGUGUACCUGGAUUACAGAGCAGGUAUUCUGUCUUUCUACAGCAUCUCUGAAACCAUGACUCUCCUCCACAGAGUCCAGACCACCUUCACUCAGCCGCUACAUGCUGGAGUUCAUCUUUAUUAUCCUGGAGACUCAGUAGAGUUGUUGAAACCUGAGUAGAGGACUCCAUCAGAUCUCCUUGUGUGGUUUUCUAAAGGAUCCUCCACAUUUUCUGAGCUGAGACGAUGAGAUUUCUGAAAGGAAGAAGAUUUCAAACCAACAGAUGGUCGGCCGUCUUCUCAGAGACUUUCUACCAAGAUGGUGCUGGUGUUUAUGGCUUGCCGUCUGCUGCUCUCAGUUUUGUUUUUAGUGUUGUUAUUGCUUUGCACUUUACAGAGCGAGUCUCUGAUGGUGUAUGAUCGCCAGUUUAUCCUCGAUCUCCGGUAUAAAGUGAGAGAUCUCACUGCAUGUGACUACAGUGGGCAUAAAACCUUAAUUCCGUACCUCUCAGGCAUCCGGGCUCACUUGUACCGGGCCUCUUCCUUCACGGCGAAAGCGUCCCCGCCGUCGCGGUAAACGCAGCGGUCGGCUGGUGAAGUUAAAGUUCUGCCUGGCAUGGCGUUUGUCCUUCUCCCGGACCGGACAUGGAUUACCCUGCUCCUUCGCUGUGCCCCAGCGCUUCCAGGACCCCAUCAAUGACUCCUUGGUCCCCGUUGCCUGUCUGGAUGAUGGUCUGAGGACGCUGCACCAGGCCCCCGCCAGACCACGGGCACCGUCUCCCGUCAGGAUUGGCCUGGUGAACGCCAGGUCCCUGAACAACAAAACCUUCAUCCUGAGGGAUUUCUUCAGUGCCCAUGUUCUGGAUUUCCUCUGCCUGACGGAGACCUGGAUCGGCUGGGGUGAGCGCGGUGCAUUUAACGAGCUCGUACCAGCUGGCUGCUCCUUCUUCAGCUCUCCCAGGACAUCGGGCUGUAGAGGUGGGAUGGCGACUGUUUUAAAGAAUGACUUUCACUGCAAGCAGUGCACUCCUUCGUCCUGCUUCUCCACCUUCAAACUAAUUUAAUUUGAGGUGGGUCGCUAUGACCCGGUGCUGGUCACAGUCAUAUACAGAUGGCCCAAAUACAACAAGGACUUCAUCAGUGGAUUCACUGACUUCCUGGCGGGGAUCAUGCCCAGAUAUGAUUGCAUCCUUAUUGUUCGGGACUUCAACAUCCAUGUAUGCUGCCCUGAUAAACCUCUAAUUAAGGACUUUUUAACACUCAUUGACUCUCUCAGUCUGGUUCAGUGUGUGUCUGGUCCCCCACAUGAACGAGGACACACUAGAUCUUGUUCUCUGCCGUGGUUUUUCUGUUACAAAUCUGAAGAUAUGUGACAAUGUGUUCUCUGACCAUCUAGCUGCCUGUGGUAUUUGAAGUUAGGUUGUUCUGUGCACCAGUUAAAACCUGCGUUCCUGCUCAGCGCUGUUGGACUUUUAACCCUUCCACCGCUGUUCUUUUCUCUGCUGCCUUCAACCAGCUCUGUGCGCCCCCUGAACUAACAGGUCCAGAGGAGCUCAGCUCAUGGUUUCACUCCUCCUGCCAAACAGUCCUGGACUCUGUGGCUCCAUUAAAAACCAGGCAGCCUAAAGCCAAACCUCAGCCCUGGUUAAGUGAGAGAACUCGGGCAGCUCGGAGGGAGUGUCGCAGAGCUGAGGUGGAAGAAGGACAAGCUGCACGUUUCUUUCCAAAUUUUAAAAGACUGCUGGCACAGAUAUGAGAACACUGUUAAAGAUGAUAAGACAGAGUACUUGUCAAACAUUAUUCUGGAGAACCGCCAUGACCCACAUGUCCUGUACAGAACCAUAGACUCUGCUCUUAAUGCCCCACAGCCUGUCUGCUUAAAACCAAUGUCUGAAACCAGCGAGAACAUCCUUAGUUUUUCAUCAAUAAGGUUGUUUCCACCAGGGCCGUGACUUUGACGCCUGAACAAGAUCCCUCUGACACUGUUCACUGCUCUGGUAUAUUUGAUGAGUUUGAGCAGUGACUUUAUCAUCCUUACAGGAUCUGGUUGCCCACAUUAAGCCCUCAGGUUCCCCCCGAGAUGCCGUUCUCCCACAUCUCUUUAAAGACAUUUUCCCUGCAUUGUCCAUCUUGUCCUUGCUAUCAUUAACAGCAGUCUGUCCUCUGGUGUUGCCCCUGUACAUUUUAAACAUGCAGUGGUACAGCCCCUUCUAAAGAAACCUGGCCUGGAGCAGGCUUUCCUGGCUAAUUUUCGGCCUAUCUCAAAGCUGCACUUUAUUUCAAAAAUCCUGGAGAAGGUUGUCUAUCUGCAGCUGAAAAACCACCUGGACAAUCAGAACAUCCUGGAGGUCUUCCAGUCUGGUUUUAAACCCCUGCACAGCACCGAGUCAGCUCUACUGAGAGUUUUUAAUGACAUCCUCAUCGUAAAUCACUCUGGUGACUAUGUGGUUCUGGUUCUGCUGGACCUGACUUGCUGAAUUUAACACUGCCUGCUGGCGAGCCGCGACGCUGCGUUUUCCCGCACCGAUGGUGUCCCACAUUGAUGACAUCAUCAGCGCGACAGAGCACAACGAAAGUAAACAAUGCAGCAGAACACAGUCCCUGUUACCUGUAGACAAAUCUCCUAAGUUCCCCUCCCACUAAAAUGCUGGGACAAAGUAACCCGGUAAAUUACCGGGUCGAUUGCAGGGUCGAACGACCCGGGAUUUCAACCCGGUAAUACGCUUUCCCACUGCCAUGAGGAGGUGAUAGUUAGCGGGUUUUAACAGGUUUUUUGGCCAGUGGGAAAGGGGUAUAAUUGCUACCACUUGGGUCCAUCCUGAGAAAGCACGGCAUCUCCUUUCAUUGUUAUGCGGACACCAGUUAUACAUCCCAUUUGAAAAGAAAUAAGCCUUCUCAUUAGCGUGAUUGUCUUUGGUCCCAGUGACUCCUGUGAACCUCCACCUGACUUGGGCCCCUUGACUCCACAUGUGAAGGCGACUGUUUUAAAUCCGGGUUUUAAAAUAGACAGUGAUUUUAAACUAGAUUCACAGAUCAGUGCAGUGGUUCAGUCCAGAUUCUUCCACCUCAGGUACCAUUCUUGCACGUGAGCACUUUCAGACAGUAAUCCAUGACUUUAUUACAUCUGGGCUGGAUUACUGUAAUGCACUUCAUGUUGGAGUCAGCCAGUCGUCCCUCGCUCGUCUCCAGUUGGUCCAAAAUGCUGCAGAGCAGCUGCCAACUGGAGGACGUAAGAGGAACACAUCACUCCCAUCCUGACCUCCUCCACUGGUGACCUGUGACCUUUAGAGUCCAUUUUAAAGCUAUAGUGCGUAACUUCGGUCGCCCUCUAGCGGAAUUCUGCGUUCUUACAACAAUAAAGUCGGCGCUUCCACAUGACGUACACCCCGGUGUCCCCCCCCCCCCCCCCCCCCUCCCCCCCUCCCCCCAAUCUGCCACAGUGAUUCGCAUUUCCACAGCGCCAAUCACCGUUGGAAACGGUUUUUAUUGUGUGUGAAUAAGGACAGCUGGUGAAAAAAAGACGGACUCUUCCGAAGAGGUAAUUAUUGUUUUGUUUUUUUUUGCCACAGAAAUGCAAAUAGCUUAUUACAAACGGGAGACAAGGUGCCUGCUAAUUUGUACCUGACAAGUUUGCCUUCUCCGUCGGUCACUUUCCUUCUCCCAACCGUCCAGGCUUUUUUUCUGGUGGUAGGAUACACUCCAGGACUCUCUCUCGGCCGGUUCUUUGGAUUAUCCGCCAUGCCGCUUCCUCAUUCUGCCUGAGCUGAGCCUGUUGCUAUGAGACGCUCUGCGCAUCCUCCCCCUCCCUUCUUGUUGUGACGUAAAAUGCGUAAUUUCCUGCUCGCCAGCGCGGGAAUGUCGCCG